AUGUUAUGUGCAGUCGCGCUGGAUGCAAAUAACCAUCUAUAUCCAGUUGCAUUUGGUAUUGUGGAUAGUGAGAAUCAUGAUUCUUGGAAGUAUUUCAUGUCAAAGCUAAAAGAAGCGAUUGGGGAAGUCGAGGACCUGGCGUUUGUAUCUGACAGGCAUGCAAGUAUUACACAUACCUUGGAAACUAUUUUCUCCGAUGCCUAUCACGGUGCUUGCUACCACCACAUUAGUAUGAAUGUGGUUGCUAAAUUCAAGACUGAUCAUUGUCAUGUGUUGAUGUAUAAUGCGACAUAUGCUUUUAGGAAAUUCGAGUUCCACGCUAACUUCGAAAAAAUCAAAUCAAAAGACCCAGCCAUUGUUCAAUACCUAGAAGGAAUGGGUUUUGAUAAGUGGUCCCGUGCUUACUUUCCUGGAAAUAGGUAUAAUAUAAUGACAAGCAAUUACGCUGAAAGUUUCAACAAUAAGACCCGGGACGCUAGGAGCUUUCCGAUAUCUACAUUCGUCGAAUUUAUUCGCUUCACACUACAGUCCUGGUUCUGUAAUAGGAAAGAAACUAGCGAGAAGACAACUACCACUCUUGCACCGACCUAUGAGAAAAAUUUGGUGGAUAUGGCUGAGAAAGCUCGAUUCUUGAUUCCUUAUGCAAUAGGGAGGCAUGAGUUCCAUGUGUUAGAUGGUGAGCUGAAUGGUGAAGUCGACCUCCUGAAUAAGACAUGCACAUGCGGCGUGUUUCAGAUUAUUGGUAUCCCAUGUGCUCAUGCACUAUCUGGAUCCCUUAAGCAAGGGGUGAACUUUUAUUCGUUGUGUUCAGAUUACUAUAAAAUUGAGACAUGGAGGUCCUCUUACACAGAAUCUAUAUAUCCUACUGGUAACGAGGAAGAGUGGAUUGUUCCACAUGACAUUAUGACAAUAACAGUGAGAACACCUGCGCAGAAAAACCCGGUUGGUCGUCCAAAGAAGAAACAAGGUAGGCCUAAGACGAAACGCCAUCCUUCCAAUGGAGAUAAAUUGGUUGUUCCACGCAAGUGCAGCACUUGUGGAGGUCUAGGCCAUAAUAGGGCAACUUGUAAAGUUCGUGUUUGA